AUGGCUGUUUCUGUGCCUAAGGUGUUAUUAAUUGGUUUCGGGGGUGUGGGUACGAUUGUGUCGUACACCCUUGAGCAUCUUGGAAGAGCGGAAGUCGUUGCAGUGGCAAGACCGAUCACCUUUGACAAGAUAGCUAACCAGGGAUAUAGAAUUGAGUCUGUGGAUUACGGUACUGUUGAGAAAUAUGUUCCUUCCAAAGUGGUUUUGAGUGGGAAGGAAGCUGUCGAGAAAUAUGGUCCUUUCGAUUAUAUCGUCAUUACGACAAAGAACAUUCCGGAUAUCUCACCUGUUGUAGACAUGUUGGAAGAUUGCUAUUCCGACGACACUGCCAUUAUGUUAAUUCAAAACGGCAUUGGCAUUGAGAUUCCAAUCUACAAGAAGUAUCCAAAAGCGACUGUUCUCUCAGGUGUCACAUUGAUUGGGACAACAUUGUACGAAUCCACCGUCAAACACGUUGCACGAGAUGAUAUCAAGUUUGGACCGUUUAUCAAUUACAAUUUGAGCAAGGAGAGCCAAAUUGCGAAGUGCAAGAAAUUUGUGGAGAUCUACUCAAACGAGAACAACUCGACGGAGUAUGAGGAGAAUGUCAAGUUGACCAGGUGGAGAAAGUUGGUUUAUAACACUGCCAUCAACACCACCUGUGCAAUUGUGAACUUGGACAGUGGCAGGGUGGAGCUGUUUGGCGGUGCUGACUCUGUUCUGAGACCAGCGAUGGAGGAAGUUAUUGCGACAGCAAAGAGUGAAGGCGUCACUUUGCCAGCGUCCCUCAUCGACGAGAUGAUCCGAGGAGCGGACGGCGUCUACUAUCCACCUUCCAUGCUCAUCGACACGCGUAACGGGACUUACAUCGAGCACAUUGUGAUCAUUGGCAAUGUUGUGAAGAUCGCCAAGCGCAACAACGUCCCUGUUCCUACGUUGACAGUGCUAAGCAACCUUUUGAAGAUGAUCCAGAUGAGAACCAUGGAGCAGAACGGACGCUUUGUUCUCCCGAAGAAGAGACCGACACGGGAAGACAACUACCAAAUCGAAUAUCUCGACUAG